AUGUAUCAGAUCGGGAAUAUAUACGGAAUUACGGCGAUUGCUGUUGUCGGCGGUGGACUGUUUGGCUUCGACAUCUCGUCGAUGAGCGCUAUAAUAGCUUGCCGACACAACAAUACCGAUGCUACUUCAAUCAAGGACCCAGAGGCCCUCCGUUCGGUCCUGAAGGCUGAAUCAUGUUCCGGGCCUGAAGCCUCCGUCCAGGGUGGAAUCACCGCUGCCAUGCCUGGUGGCUCGUUCGUCGGUGCCCUGGUCAGUGGCUACCUCACAGACAAGCUGGGUCGUCGUCGCGCGAUUCAGAUCGGGUGUGCCAUUUGGAUCAUCGGAUCUAUCAUUUCCUGCGCUGCUCAGAACAUCGGUAUGCUGAUCGCCGGCCGCUUCAUCAACGGUUUCGCUGUUGGAAUUUGUUCUGCGCAGGUUCCAGUCUACGUUAGUGAAUUGGCGCCCCCGUCCAAGCGUGGUCGAGUGGUUGGCUCCCAGCAGUGGGCCAUCACCUGGGGUAUCUUGAUCAUGUACUACAUAUCCUAUGGGUGUGUAUACAUGGACGGAGCAAAGGCUUUCCGCGUUCCGUGGGCUCUGCAAAUGGUGCCUGCCAUCUUUCUCGCAAUCGGUAUCGUGUUUCUUCCGGAGUCGCCACGAUGGCUUGCGCGCCACGACCGCUGGGAAGAGACGCAUGCUGUGCUCACUCUUGUCCACGGCAAGGGAGAUCCCAACAGUCCCUUUGUUAAGCUCGAGAUGGACGAGAUCAAGCAGAUGAUUGAGUUCGAGCGCCAGAACGCAGAUGUAUCUGUCAUGGAGCUGUUUAAGCCCCGUAUGAUCAACCGCUUGCACAUUGGUAUCUUCACUCAGAUCUGGUCACAACUGACAGGGUAUGAACGUUAUGAUGUGUAA